AUGACCGAAAAGCAGACAUGGAGUGAAUGGUUUGGCAUUGACGGGGAGUCUAAGAGGGCAAAGGCGGAAGCAAAGCAGCACGAGCUCGAUGAGAAGCAUGAGAGGGCGGUGCAGGAGCUCCGGCAGCUGUUCCUGGAGACAGAAGAGGGACGUCUUUGCGGCCAGCAGCUCGCCAAGGGUGGCGAGUUCGGUCCCAACGGCACGGCAGAGGAGCUGGUUUCCGACGCAUAUUUGCGGCGCUGGUUGGUGGCGCGUGACUGGAACGUGCAGGUGACCUUCAAGCUGCUCGUAAACCACGCCGGCUGGCGGCUGCACAUGACGCCCAGCGGUUACGUAGAGGAGGAGCGCGUGAGGCGGGAGCUGGAUGACCGCAAGAUAUUCAUGCAGGGUGUGGACUAUGAGGGCCGCGCGCUGACCAUCAUCCAGGUGCGGAAGCACUUCAGGCGCGACCUCAAGGAGACCAAGCUUUUCUGCGCAUACAUCCUGGAUAACAUGGUCAACCUGUGCGAUCGCAAGCGCAACCCCCAGUGCCGCCUGGUCUCAAUGUUUGACAUGACAGGCUGCGCCCUCGCCAACCUCGACGCUGCCACCAUGACCAACCUGCUGGGGAUGCUGGGCGUGCAUUACGUAGAGAGACUGAGCGCCAUGUACCUGUACAACCCACCAUCUGUGUUCUGGGCCCUGUGGAACGCCAGCAAGCCGCUGCUGCCUGAGGUGACUCGCAACAAGAUCAAAGUGAUCGACCCAAAGGACCUCUCGGAGCUCAGGGCCUGUGUGCCGCCAGACGGGGCCCCCCACUGA